AGAUUUUAUUAAGCUACCACUCUGGAUUCAUCUUUUGUUUCUCUGGAAAGAAGUAAAAUUCAGUGGCACAGCCGUAUAUAUAACAUUUAACUUCAAGUGCCUUUUUUCAAUCAUACGACAACAAAUCCGCCGCCUCACAUAUAUGUCUAAAACGUCGGCUUGGGAUUUAAAAAAAUGAAACAAACGUUGUAAAAUUUUCCCGGCAACCCAGACCAAAACCGCCGCCGGCGCUUCAUCGGAAAAUGACGAGACGGCCAUCGUUACUAUCACCUCCUAAACCCAUACAUACUCUCUUCUUCUUCCUGUUCAUCACAGUGAUCGAGUUUUUUGGUGCUAGUUCACAACAGUUCUUGACUUCUGAACGAACGACAUUGCUUGACCUCAAGCAACGGUGGGGGAAUCCGCCGUCACUGAGUAACUGGAACGCUUCUUCUUCGCCGUGUAAAUGGCCAGAAGUUUCCUGCAACGCCGACGGUUCUGUUUUUGUUCUUGAUCUUCAGAGCAAGGGGUUGACCGGACCUAUCCCCCCGUUCAUAUGUGACCUACGGAACCUGGAAAUUUUGGUUCUCGCUGAUAAUCUCCUCACCGGAGAGUUCCCUAGAGUUUUGUAUAACUGUUCGAAGCUAACUGAAAUUGAAAUUGCACAGAACGCAUUUGUUGGAAGAUUGCCGGACGACAUUGACAGGUUAUCAGGAGUUAAAGUCAUUGAUCUCGGAGCUAAUAACUUCACCGGCGAUAUACCUCCAGCGAUCGGCAAUUUGUCCGCGUUAACGUCCUUGCAUUUGUAUCAGAACCUUUUCAACGGUUCAAUCCCGUCGGAAAUUGGAAACUUAUCUAAUCUGCUAACUCUAGGUUUGGCGUAUAAUGGAUUUGCAGCGGCGGAAAUACCACCGGAGUUUGGGAAGUUGAGGAAUUUGACGUAUUUAUGGAUGCCGCUAACUAAUCUGGUCGGAAAAAUACCAGAAAGUUUGGGUAAUAUGACCAGUCUCGAAUGGUUGGAUCUGAGUUCCAACAAUUUGGAAGGUGAAAUCCCUUCUGGGUUGUUUCUGCUAAAGAAUUUGAGUAAGUUGUAUUUGUACAAGAACAAAUUAUCCGGCAAAAUUCCGGAGGUAAUCGAGUCUUUAAAUUUGACUGAAGUCGAUGUCUCCAUGAACAUGUUGAACGGCUCAAUUCCUGAAAAUUUUGGCAAAUUACAGCAGCUGGAGGUGUUAAAUUUGUUCUCAAAUCAGUUAUCAGGCAACAUUCCCACAGGUAUUUCUCAAAUUCCGGCACUGAAAAUCUUCCGAUUGUUCAGAAACAUUCUCAGUGGGGAGUUACCUCCGGAAAUCGGGCAUCACUCAAAGCUCGAAGCAUUUGAGGUAUCUGAGAACAAACUCACCGGAGAGCUACCUGAGAAUUUGUGCGGUGGAGGUACUUUGUUUGUGGUGGUUGCUUUCUCCAACAAUCUCACCGGAGAAAUCCCGAGAUCACUCCAGAGCUGUGAGAAGCUUCAUACAAUCCAACUCUACCACAACAGUUUCACCGGUGAAUUUCCUCCAGGAAUUUGGACAUUAUCUAACCUUUCAAGCUUGAGGCUCACUGGGAACUUUCUUUCCGGCGAACUACCGAGUAGAGUACCAUGGAAUUUAUCAAGAUUGGAGAUUAGUGACAACAAGUUUUCAGGCCGAAUUCCGGAAGGCAUUUCGUCUUGGACAAAACUGAAUGUGUUCAAGGCUAGUAACAACUUGUUUUCAGGUGAAAUCCCGAUGGCAUUCACUAAUCUCUCCCAGUUGUCUGUUCUUCUUCUCGAUGGGAAUUCACUUUCCGGCCAACUUCCAUCAGAGAUCAAGUCAUGGAAUUCACUAAUCACUUUGCAUCUAGCUAGAAACAACCUUUCUGGCCCGAUUCCACCAGCCAUCGGUUAUUUGAAAGGUCUUCUCGAUCUUGAUUUAUCAGAAAACCAAUUUUCCGGCCAAAUUCCACCACAAUUCAGCAGUUUGAGACUCACCACUUUGAAUCUUUCUUCCAACAAACUCACCGGAAGAAUCCCAUUUGCAUUCGACAACCUAGCUUACGAGAACAGUUUCUUGAACAACCCCGAUCUUUGUGCAUCAUCCCCAAUCUCAAACCUCCAUAGCUGUUACACCAAAACCUCACACUCCCAGAAAUUCCCCCCCAAAAUCAUCGCCAUGAUUAUCGUCUUGUCAGCAGUCGCCAUACUCGUUGUCAUUCUUUGCACGUUGUUCGUGUUCAGACGAUACCUCAAGAAGAAACACAUUCGAGAUCUGACAACAUGGAAACUCACCUCAUUCCAUAAAUUGGAAUUCACAGAAGCAAACAUUUUGUGUUGCUUGACCGAGAACAACCUAAUCGGAAGUGGUGGUUCCGGAAAAGUGUACCAGAUUGAAAUCGGUAGGCGUGGGGAGUAUGUUGCAGUGAAGAGGAUUUGGAACACUAGAAAACUCGACCAGACUCUCGAGAAAGAGUUCUUAUCGGAGGUUCAUAUAUUAGGUUCAAUUCGUCAUUCCAACAUAGUCAAAUUGCUAUGUUGUAUUUCCAGUGAGGAUUCUAAGCUUCUUGUUUAUGAGUACAUGGAGAAUCUAAGUCUUGAUAAGUGGUUACAUGGGAAGAAAAAUAAACCGCAGCGUGGGCUGGUUCACCCCACGGCCUUGGACUGGCCCAUGAGGUUGCAGAUCGCCAUUGGAGCUGCUCAAGGGCUCUGCUAUAUGCACCACGACUGUUCUCCGGCGAUCAUACACAGAGAUGUGAAGUCAAGCAAUAUUUUGUUAGACUCCGAUUUCAAAGCAAGGAUAGCCGAUUUUGGAUUGGCAAAGGUUUUGACCAAGCCGAAGCCAGGUCAAGCCAACACCUUGUCUGCUAUAGCUGGCUCGUUUGGUUACAUUCCACCUGAGUAUGCUUACUCAACAACUGUAAAUGAGAGGGUAGACGUAUACAGCUUCGGUGUAGUGCUACUAGAACUGGUAACCGGAAAAGAACCACACGAAGGAGAUGGGGAUAUGAAUCUAGCAGAAUGGGCAUGGAGGUAUUUCAGCGAAGAGAACUCCAUUGUUGAAGCUUUGGACCCAGAAAUCAAACAGGCUAAUAGUUUCAUGGAAGAAAUCAGCCUAGUGUUCAAACUAGGGCUCAUUUGCACAAGCACCUUGCCUUCAAGUCGACCAACAAUGAAAGAAGUACUUGAGAUUCUUCGAAGAUGUAAUCCGUUAAGUGAAGAUCGGAAAGUUGGAGAAGAGUUUGAUGUUGCGCCGCUUCUUAGGAGAGAAAGUUAUCUUUCUAAUUACCGACGUGGCGCCAAUAAGGUGUUGAAUGAAAGUAUCGAUAUAUUCGAUGGUAGAUUGUAAAGGUUUGAUGGUGAUAUAUAAUAGUAAGUUUUAUGUCAUAUGUUGAUGUUUCAUGUGAUUAUAUAGCAGCAAUAAAACUUUGUUUUUUGUUAGAUUGAAUAUAAUAAUACCUGUAUUCAAGUUCAGGUUUUUAGCUAAAAAAAAGUGAUUCUUUUACAUACACCUUUUCUUAGCAUCGUGUGUCGACGUAUGGAAUAGGUUACGUACAUAAUUGGCUAGUGUUUUUGAUGUAUUGUUUGUGUGGUUUGAGAUACUUUCUUGUAAUAUGUUUUGUAAUAAUAAAGGUUAAUGCUUCCAUUC